GUCGCUACAAAUGCCAAUACUGUGAUGCCAUCUACAGAUUAAAGUAGUGUUGUUUUAGCUACGCAUUUUACAUCUAACUUAUUUUAAGUUAGUCUUCAGUUUCUAGUACAUGGUAGAACGUCUGGUUAGUUGUGUACUGUAGCUCGAGUGAUCUAUUUUACAAUCGAACAAUAAAUUCAAAUAAGUACAAUGAAGUGUGAAUUGAAUACGUGAGCGUGAAAAAACAUUUUUAAUUUAGUGUAUCUUUUCAUUUCAUUAUUAAAAUGGAUUUUGGAACUUUAUUGAGUGUGGCACAGAAAAAUGAAAAUAAUAAGCAGCCAAUUGCUUGCUAUCAAACAAAAUUCUCUCCACCCAAAAAGUCAAGCAAGCAAAACAAAUCACUUUCGGAAAAUAUAAAAAAAUUUCUAGCUCGGAAGGAAGAAGAAGAACGACAGAAGGCGUUAGAAGAAAAGAAAAAACGAGAGAAUUUAUUAGCACUUCGUGAUCAUAAGGCCCAAAGUCGAAUAAAUAAACAUUUAAAAGUAUGUAAAGCUGCAAAUAAAUCCGUAUUGCCAGAUGCAAUUGACAAUGAGAACACAGCUGUUACAAUGGCAGGACCAUCUCAACCGGAUGAAGACGAUUAUGGAUACGUUUCACAGGAAGCAUCUGCAUUUUAUAAUCAGUUAAUGAGCAAAUAUAACAAUACAGCUCCACAGAAAACAAUUUUCAAUGACUGCCGAAAGAAGACAAUAAAAGACAUAGCAUCUACAAAGGAUAGAGUAAAGCAAGCUUUAAAACAACAAGAAGUCUCGCAACAAGAAAACCGUCGAAAAAGGAAAAUUUCUAUAAAAGGAACAGAAACAGAAGUAGAAGAAAAAACUGAAAAAGAAGUUAAAGAUGAAAAACCGAAAGCUAAGAGGAAACCUAUGCCACCACCAAUUGAUUUCAGUGAACUUCUAAAAAUUGCUGAAAAGAAACAACACGAACCGAUUGUUAUUGACGUUAAGUCAAAAAAUGAUGAACCAGAGAGGUUGAUGACAAAAAAACAAAUGAAAGAAUAUACAAAAGAAAAAGAAUGGCGAGAACGAAAAGAACAGCGAAAUAAACUAGGUAGUAUAAAUAAUAAGGAAGGAAAUGUUAGUACAACUAACAAACCGAAUAAAACACAAGAUUGUCGUAAUACUGCCAAUUGUUCCAACAAAACAUCAAAAGUACCUGAAAAGUUGACAACAGUACCUGCAGUAUCGAAUAAAAUUCCUUCGAAAGCAACAGGAUACCAAUGUUCAACUUCUAAAAAAUUAAUUGUCGAUAAAGCCACAACAAUAAAUCCUAAUAAAGUCACAACAAAUAAAUCCGAGAGAGAUAUGCUUUUAGAGGAAAGGAAAAAAUUGGAAAGCGAGAGGAAAAAAUUAGAAGAAAUGCGACAAGCUAUUGAAGAAGAAAAGAAGAAAUUAAAGAUAACCAAAACUCAAAUUGAAGAUACGAAAAAUCCGAAAACUGAAAAGUCGAUAUCAAAAGUGAAAACCUCAGAGAAACAAGAUUUAUUGAAAAAUAUACAGAAAGAAUCUCCAACGACUAACGCAACAAAAUCUCGAGUACCACAAAAAAUGAACGAUAAAAUAAAACAAUUUCCACCAGCAGAUCUUAAGCCAAUCAAAUCUAGACAUAUACCUCAUUUGAAGGAACAGAAGAAGCCAUUGAAUAAUAAACGUCGUAUAACAGACGAAGAAGAAGAAGACUAUGACUCUGAACUUGAAGAUUUUAUUGAUGAUGAAGUAGAAGAUGAAAAUGAAGAUUAUAGUAAAUAUAUAAGUGAAAUAUUCGGUUAUGAUAAAAAUAAAUAUAAACAUGUGGAUAAUGAUGAUGACACAGCUAUGGAAAGCAGUUUUGCGCAACAACUCAAAGAAGAAUAUGUAUCUACUAAAAUAGGUAUGAUGGAAGAUUUGGAAGACAUGCGUAUGGAGGCCUUGGAGAAAAAGCGGAAAGCCUUCUUAAAAAAGAAACUGAAAAAGUGAUUGUAUAAAAUUGUUUAUAAAUUUUUAUUAAAUUCUAUUUAAUAAACUAUUAUCUUGGCA